UUGAUUGAGGUUUGACAAGUUCACUUUAACUAAGCCAAGAUGACUGGUCGUGGUAAAGGAGGAAAAGGAUUGGGAAAAGGAGGCGCUAAGCGCCAUCGUAAAGUUCUUCGUGAUAACAUCCAGGGAAUCACUAAGCCCGCUAUUCGUCGUCUUGCUCGUCGAGGUGGUGUGAAGCGUAUCUCUGGAUUGAUCUACGAGGAAACUCGUGGUGUCCUGAAGGUAUUCCUUGAGAAUGUUAUCCGUGACGCUGUCACAUACACUGAACACGCCAAGAGGAAGACAGUUACGGCUAUGGAUGUCGUCUACGCUCUGAAACGUCAAGGACGUACUCUUUACGGAUUUGGAGGUUAAGCACAGAUUAUCUCCAAGAACUUUAAAAACGGCCCUUUUCAGGGCCA